CAUUUUUUCUUUUCCGGGUUCGUUGCACAACGUUAGAAAACGAAACUUCAGUGCUUUUUUUCGGGGGAAGUUGCCGACACCACAGAAAAUGACUGAAACAAUAAAUGGUCGACUACACAAGGCCACAUUUGCCAUGAGCUGAUUCUGGUUUCCAGAGGCCCAGUUUGGAUGUGUCCCUGGUGUUGUUAAAACCCGAGUUGGAUUCACUGGCGGUUCAACAAAGGAUGCAACAUAUCGUAACAUAGGUGACCACACUGAAACUGUGGCCUUGGACUUUGACCCUGAGAAGGUUAGCUAUAGCGAGCUACUGGAGAUGUUUUGGACCAAUCACAGUCCUUGUACUAAAAGUAGAAACCAAUACAUGUCUGCAAUCUUUUAUCAUGGUACAAAACAGAAAAUUAUGGCAGAGGAAUCAAGAGACACACUCCAAAAAGAAAUAGCAAGACCUAUACAAACUAAAAUCCUUCCAGCUAGUGUAUUCUACAAUGCUGAGAAUUAUCACCAAAAGUACAUGCUAAGACAACAUGCUGAAGUUCUAGACAAACUGAAUCUCUCUGAUGAAGACAUUUUGACAUCUCAUGUUGCUGCCAGACUCAAUGGUUAUCUGGGAGGUUUUGGCUCCUUAGAGCAAUUUGAUCAGGAGUGCAACACAUUUGGUCUAUUGGAAAAUCAGCUCUCAUUUGUAAGGAAACAGAUCCAAAAGAGACAAAAGAAUUAAGAUCUAGCUUGGUAAACCAUGUACAAUGUUACCAUAAAAAUAAGGAAUACAGUGAGAGACCUACUAAAUUCAAGUCUGUUGCCAUCUCAUCUUCAUGGCUUUCAAGAUUGCAAAGAUAGUUCUAAACUUCUCCAUGUUAGAAAUGAUCAACCCAGACCUCUCCAUAAUAGAAAUGAUUGUCCCAGACCUCGCCAUGAUGGAAAUAAUUGACCCAGACCUCUCCAUUUUCGCGAGGAAAUGUUCCAGAUGUGCAGAGGGCAAAUAGUGAGCAUAACCCCUGGAGUCUCCGUGAUGUGAUGAAGAAUGUGUCAUACAACUUUUAUGCUUUUUAAUUUCUGCUUAGAAUGAUAAUACCUUGAAUCACCAGAUAAUGAAUGUUUAUAAACCAAAGGAUGUAUGGAAAAUAGGUACGACAUGCUCUAUGUUUUGAGAAGUAUGCUUUCUGUUAAAUACUUAAAUGUGAAAUGCUUCUACCAUGAAGUAGUUAUGUGUACUCUUGCCAGGUCAUGAUGGUGAUGGCAGCUCAAAACUUCAUUACGAUGGAAAUUGUGGCUCUCUCAACCUCUACUGACUCCAUGAAGAUGAUCAGGCAAACCUCUCUAUGAAGAUGAUGAAUUAAAAGCUUAGGUUUGUAUAUAUACUGACACUUGGUAUGUAUAAUUGGACAUCUACAUCAGCUUGUAUAUAUCAGUGGUUCAGUAAAGGUCUUUUAUAUAUGUUAUAAUAUAUUUUAUCUGGUUUAAAUUCCUAUUGUUAAGAAGAUAUUAUUUUUUACUACUGGCACGAUAUUAUCUUAUUUAUUGAUAUCAAAGGUAUCAGCUUAUCAGCUGGUAAGUCAUUGUCCUAUGUUGGUGCUGAUUCUCGAUACAUUUGUCCUGAAGAGUCAUGUGAUGUUUCAACAGAAGGAUGGCAUUAUCAGCCAGGCUGUAGACUUCAAGUAUCAUUAAAUGAAGGUGAAAGUUGAAAACAAUAGACUUUGACCUGAUGUAACACAUGAUAUCUGUUGUUUGAAAAUGGCUGACAGUAAUGAUGUUGUGAUAUUUAACAUUUUGAAAUAAACUUUAUUGUUUUCUUACCUGUG